AUGAACCUUAGUCAGUUCGGUACUUGGUUUCGGGAAGUCCUUUCUAUUCCUUCGACGUCGUUGGGUGGCUCGUCGAAAGUCGAAGAGUUGUUUCACAGCAUCGCGCAACAUGCAAAGGUCAAGAUCGUGACCGACGUUGAUGACUUAAGUGGGGCCAAACAGUUCCUGGAGACGCUCAAAGACCCAGUGCAAUUAAAAGCCUUCCAGAAGCUCUGCAUGAGUGGCAAGUCUAGAGGUAAGGUGGCUGCUAGUCUAGCGGGAAAAUAUGGGGAUGCCGCGAUGGCUUUUGCGCUUUGCACGAAGGCCUUGCCCACAAAAUACGAAAAAGCUGCAUUGAAGUCCGUGCGAGACGCGAUGACCGCACGUUGGAAGGCAAAUUCAGAAAUCACGCCGGUCACGAUUUAUAAAUGGAUAGCACCGACUUUACCUAUCGCAGACGAAGAUCUCUUUAGACCCGCUGUCACCGAGAUCUUGUAUGGGAGUAGUUCCGACGACAGGAUCGUGCACGAGUUUCUAUGGACUCAUCUCGAGGAGGACUACGUUCGAAUUGGGCGGGUUCAGUUUUCUGCGGCAGUCGAUGAACGUAUCGAUAAACAAGCGGCCCAGAAGUUUACCAACUGGUUGAAUGAGGUGCAUCCUGGAUUCGCAGUCCGAAAAAUCCCGUCCCCCAGGCUAACUGGCUGA